CUUCUUGUGCAAAGUGGGCGCGCCUCUCAGUUACUGAUCAGAUGCUGCAAAGUUAUUCACUUGAGGACGCAAGGAAACUAAACAAUGCGAAGCACCCAUAAGAAGUGUCUUGGACUGAUAUUUGUCAGUGUUGGUGUGCUGAUUGCCGUGUUUCAUACUUGGAGCAAUGGGCCCAGCCAAAUUGUCGACAUACAGCCAAGAGGGGAGAGUCUACUUAACAAAGUCCUCGCACAGCAAUAUCCUUACCUGACUAGUGGCCAUGAAUCCAUUGCCUAUCAUGUUAAGGACAAAGUGGCUAGUCAUUUGGCUCUGAAUUCAUGCUUUUGCCUGGCUGACAAAGAGUCUUUUCAACUGCCGCUCUCCAGUCUGCUCUUCCCGCGCGUGUGGGCCCAUAAAUUGGACGCUGCAUUUCUAGAGUCCCAUCCUGACCCUGAGGGUGUGAAGCAUCACAGAGCUCAGGAGUACAGCAACUUUCAGAAGAGGUCCUACAGCCCCGCAGAUUUGCCGAUCAUAGCUGAGGCCAACAGUCCCCUUCAGUAUCCCACCCAGGGAGUGGAGGUGCGACCCCUCAAAACAAUCCUCAUUCCUGGUUUGGGUCUGAAGGAAGAAAAAACAAAACAUGAGGUGUAUUUGACAGCAACUCUAGGGGUGUUUGAUGUUGCCGCCACAGUGAAUGGUGUUGCUGUUAAAGGAGAAGGCGAGAAGCUCAUGACACUGUCGAGUCCUUUCCUCCCUGCUCUGAACAGGCAGCUACAGUUUGUCACCUAUACAAACACUGUUUUCCACCCAAAGACGGCUGAUACAGUCAAGUUUGCAACAGACGGUCACCAGGCGUUUUUCAGCAUUAAAGUUGGACAUGGACCCAUGCCCAAACUUUACAACUCUGGAUAUCAAAAAGAGUACAAUAUUAGCGCUCUCGUUACCAUCGCCACCAAGACCUUCCUGCGCUACGACAAACUCAAAGAUCUCAUCGACAGCAUAAGAAGCUACUAUCCCACUGUCACCAUAGUGAUUGCAGAUGACAGUGAACACCCUCAGCCAGUGACUGGGCCUCACAUUGAACAUUACAUCAUGCCAUUUGGAAAGGGAUGGUUUGCAGGAAGAAACCUGGCAGUGUCUCAAGUGACCACUAAGUAUGUGCUCUGGGCGGAUGAUGACUUCAUCUUCACUGCAAACACUAAGUUAGAGAAGAUGGUGGACAUCCUAGAGAAGACCACUCUAGAUCUGGUUGGUGGUGCAGUGAGAGAGGUGACGGGUUACACUGCAACUUACCGUCACACCAUUUCAGUGGAGGAAGGAGGAGAGGAGGGCGACUGUUUACAUAUGAGACAUGGAUACCAUCAUGUCAUUGAUGGAUUUCCCAACUGUGUGGUAGCUGACGCUGUCAUCAACUUCUUCAUGGGACGGACAGACAAAGUGCAGCAGGUUGGCUUUAACCCACGUCUGGCACGAAAAGGUCACCUGGAGUUCUUCGUCGACGCACUGGGCUCCCUCCACAUUGGCUCCUGCAGUGACGUCAUUGUUAACCACGCAUCAAAGAUCAAACUGCCCUGGGGUCAAACAGACUCACAAAAAGCCUACAAAAGUUUCCGCUACUCCUCCUCCACUGCUGAUGUUAACCUCCAUAAUGAAGUCUUCUACUUCAAUAACAGGUUCAAGUGCAUGACGAGUCAAUGAAAACCAGUCGUGCACAGUCUUGCCGACAAACACGCCAAAGGUCGUUUGAUGACUAGUGACUAAAACAAUAGACUGCUACCUCUGUGACAUCUAUGUCGAUGCCCUCACCGACAAUGUUUUUUGUUUGUUUAUUUAUUUUACACAGUGGAGAUUUGCAUCUGCUGUGACAUGAGUAUGUAAAAUAGUGUUUAAUUUCACCACAGAUAUGUAUAUAUAUAUAUAUUUAUAUAUAUAUAUAUACAGUACACAUAUAUAUAUAUAUCUGUUAUCGACCCAAGCACUUCCAACACAUCACACAUAUCAGAUAUUGGCAAAACAUCUAAUAUCAUGCAUCCCUACUGAAAAACCCCAACAGACUGAAGUAGACAACGGACCAUAAUUGUGACAAUUUAAUAUAAAUUCAGUACAGAAUAAAUGUAGAGUUAGAUUUUUUGUAGUCAAAAUCAUGUUCUUGAAAUGUAUGCAGGUUUUUUUAUACUUUUUUAUGCUUUUUCCUGAUCCAGCUGCUGUCAUUUUAAAUAGGAUGUCAGAUGUUUGCAGCUUUUUCAUUUCAAGCGUCUUAGAAACGGUUGCAAACUCGGGACAGUGCUCACUCACUGUGUUAAAGCCACAUUACAAAGUCCACGCUUGUCAUGUGUUGUCUGCACAAAAGAGAUGAUUUUGAAUGUGACAUACUGUAAGUGCAAGUGCUACUGUAAUUUGCUGUGCAAAUAAACGUAAUGUUGAGCUUGAA